AUGUACUCCGCCAAACAACUCUCACUCCUGGUGCUGGUUCUUGCCCAGCUGUUGGGCGCCAUCCACUGUGCCAUCUACGACAAUACGGAUAACUGGGUCCUCGCCGACAAGACCAAAACUUUCCCCGAGAAUGCAGUUCUGGGUGGCUUUGAUUCCAACGGUUACGACAACUUUGUCGCACGUGUAGUGUCCGGCAAUAACAUCCUGCCAGCUCGCGUUGUUUCCGAAACCGGAGGUGCAUCGUACAACACCGAUGCGACCGCCUAUACCGCCAACUCCUACGAAUUGUUGGUGUCCAACGCGACCCUUAGCUAUCAAUGGGUACGCAGCUACGAUGGAUACAGGGAGAAGAAUGCGGUCGCCGUAGGCACAAAUUCUUCCAACGAUCUCAUCUACAUUUGCCGGGCCCGAGUCGAUAACGGUCAAUACAUUGGCAGUCUAUAUCUGGCCAAGAGGAAGUGCUUCAUCAAGAUUGGAACCUUGGCCCUGAGACAGCUGGAGAAGUAUGAAGUGCUCGUUCGGGAGUCUAAAUCUGCGCCUUGGUCGCCUUUUGAAGCCUAG